AUGUCUCACGAACACAAGCAGUUAUGUUUGGAUUAUAUUUUAGCCCCAAUUGUGAAUUCUGCUAAAGUAUCAGGAAUGGAUUUCUGUAUUCGAUGUAAGUGCAUGUCUACAGAAGAAAACUCGCAGAAACACAAUUAUCUUUCGGCAUUGUUCGCAAUAUACAGCGGUGCCAUCGAAUUAUUUCUCUGGAUAAUGGUAUUACUUCACUUAAUAAGCUUAUACGACACGAAUUUAUACGGUUUGCGGGUAAUUCAUAUGUUCAACGAUCAUGCUUUACCAGCAGCAAUUUUCAUGGCUUUUCUGUCUAUUUACACAGCCGUUCAGUUUAGUGCUUUGAAAAGGAGCAAGAUUUCACUUCAUUGCGUCAUUAGUAGUUACGAAGGAGAAUGGAAAUUAACUGACCGCAUACAAGUAUUUGUGAUCAAAUGUCUUUGUGUUUUAUUUUUCAUGUUACAGUUGUUAAAUAUAGUGAUUACUAUUGCUUUUUAUAGAACAAUAAAGCAACUAAAUGGUACAGAUACGGAAGCCUUCAUUUGUGUUUUCAUGUAUUUAGUUUGGUUUUUAUAUAUUGCAGGACAGAACGCAUCGCUUCUAUUAAUAUGCGUGAUAUUACUUAUGACUGUAGAUAGAAGAUUGAUAAAUCUGUCAUUAGAACUACUGAAAUUAAACACGAGACAUUUGUCCUUGUUAGAACUGAAUGAAAGAACAAAUACAAUUAAUACGCUGAUGUGGAAACAUCAAGAACUUUGGGAGUUCGCCGAAAUGAUUAGCGAGAGAUGGAAUAUAUUUCUACCGUUUGUCUACGCUUAUUUUCUGCAUGGUACGUGUUUCCUUCUGUAUGCCGCAUUAUUUACGAAGAUGGAACUGAUACUGAAGAUUUAUGUUACAAUCCUUUCUGCCUUCGUUCUUUCAUUAGUCAUUGUAAUUAGUUGGGUUUUAUCUUACUGCACGAAAUUGAUGUACGACAACUUUAUAAGUAUUGAAAUAAUUUGUCUCGUCAAUCUUCCUUUAUUGUUUAAGUUCAAGGUAAACGAUUUUAUGAAAAGAUUUGGAAAGAAUCCAAUUGGUAUUUCCUGUGGUGGAUUCUUUUACGUUAAGAGAAAUUUUGUCAUAAGAGUACUAAGUGCAUUAGAUUCCUUUUUUUCUUCUAUCGUUGAAAUCACUGGUGUAUUGCAACGUGAAAACAAGUGUCUUGCGAAGUACGGAAACAGCACAAGAGCCACACCCAAUGCAACUAUCAUAAAUUAA